AUCAGCACCUUCUAACAAAGACCAAGAUCUACUUAAUUUAAAUACAAAUAAUAGUUUCUUAUUAUCACAACAUAUUUUUAACAAUGCUAAAUCUGGUACAGAUUUAGAAGAAAUUAAAGAUCAAGAUGAUACUUUGAAAUUAAAAAUAGG